AUGAUUAAAACUUUAUUCAGACCAGCUUCUAUUUCAAUUAAGUCAAUUAAACCAUCACAAUUAAGAUCAUUCACUACAACUAACCCAUUAUCAUUUGUUUUAAAUAAAGAUUCACCCCAAUAUAAAUAUUUACACGAAUGGAAACCAAUUGAACAUAAAUUUACAGAAGAACAUGAAUAUUUAAAAGUUUAUGAUGAUUCUACUGCCUUAUUAGGUAUUACUCAAUAUGCAUCUCAAGCUUUAGGUGAUGUUACAUUUGUUGAAUUACCUGAAAUUGGUGAUAGAAUUGAAAAAGGUGAUACUAUUGGCCUGGUUGAAUCUGUUAAAUCAGCAAGUGAAAUUUAUUCUCCUGUUUCUGGUGAAGUUAUAGGUAUAAAUGAUGCUUUGGAAGGUACUCCAAGUAUAUUAAAUCAUGAUCCUGAAGUUGAAGGUUGGAUUGCUCAUAUUAAAUUAGAUGAUAUUGCUGAAGUUAAAGAUUCUGAAGAUUUAUUAGAUAAAGAAAAUUAUGAAGACUUCUUGAAAAAAGAUGAUUAG